UCUCCUGCUGCUCCUCCUUGAAAACGCCGGACCAGGGGGUGGAGGGGGGGUCUCUACCUCCUCGCCAGCUGGCCCAUCCCGGAGCCGGCAGGCCGGGCGGAUCUUUUCGGAAAGGGAGGAAAAGGCUCCCCCCUUUGGAAAGGAAGGGCCGGAGUGGCAUUUUGUUUUUGGGUGCAAAAAAAAAUAAAUGAAGGCGAGGCUGCCAGGCUGGCAUUAAAGCGCGGAGCCGAAGAAGCUAGCUAGAAGAAGCGGGAUUUAUUCCGUUUUUGGGGGGGGGAUUUUGUUUUCUCCACCUCUUCCACCCUGGUUGUGCCUCUCGGGGUGUGUGUGUGUGUGUGUGCAUGCAUGCAUUCAUGCAUGCGUGUGCAGCCAUCCACGCGUGCUUGGUGGGCAAGCGCGAGAGCCAGCUUUGAACCCUGGGCGGUUUUGCCCCGAGGGCUGGCUAGAAUGGAGCGACCCCUGCAGCAGCCCCGGCGGCAAAGGACUGCCCGAAUGAAUAAAUGAAUAUUAUUCAGGCAUGCCUCCUCUUCUUCGCCAGCAGCAGCAGCAGCAGCAACAGCCCACACCCUCCUCUCUGGCUAAUCUCCGGGCAGCCUGGCUCUGCCCCAGCGCCACUCGUCGCUUCUCGGCGCUGGAGGAAAGCGCAAGGAAUUCCUGGCCCUGCGCUUCCCCGCCGCCGGCUCCAGGAGGAGGAGGAGGAGGAGAUGGCCCCGGAGCUCUUCCCCGCGGCGGGCGCCUCCUUCUCCGCUUGCAGUUUUAAUUCCUCAAUGAAACUGCCCUGGUUGGACGCUUCUGCCUAGAAGAGAAAUGGUGGGCGAACUUAGCCAAGGCAUGCCAGAGAUAUAGUUCCACCCGAGGCAGACAGCCUGUCCCUCGGUACCAGGGAGCAUCCAGCUGUGUUUCUAGAACUGACAGCCUGCAAUGGCCGGCCCCAGCAUCUGGAACAGCCUCAAGUCGGUCCUGAGGAAGAACAACGAUUCCUUGUUUUUGAACGAUUGCAGUGCCUUUGAUUUUUCGGACGAGAUUGGGGAGGAAGACUUUCCCCGGUUCAAGAAACUUCAAGUGGUGGUUUCGGAUGAUGCGGUCGACCCCUCUGCCAACGGGGCCUACGUGGGACCUCACUCCGAUGAUGAGUCCUUGCUGGACAGGGACAUAGCGUUGCGAAAUGCUGCGGUCGUUGGACCCCCUACGGACCCCCCUUGCAACAACUGUACCCAGCAAAGGGAACUGUCAAAGCAAAAGAAGGUGAAGAGGCGGCUGGCUUUAGCUGCAAUUCUGUACCUUCUCUUUAUGACGGGCGAGCUUGUAGGUGGAUACGUCGCCAACAGUCUAGCUGUCAUGACCGAUGCGCUUCACAUGUUGACGGAUCUCAGCAGCAUUAUUUUGACUCUUCUCGCUUUGUGGCUCUCUGGAAAAGCACCCACAAAAAGGUUCACCUUUGGAUUCCAUCGAUUAGAGGUUUUGUCCGCCAUCUUCAGUGUACUCUUGAUUUACAUCCUGAUGGUUUUCCUCUUAUACGAGGCUGUUCAGCGAACUAUCCACAUGGACUAUGAGAUUAAUGGCGAUGUAAUGCUUAUCACUGCAGCUGUUGGAGUCGCAGUAAACCUCAUAAUGGGCUUUCUGCUGAGCCAGUCUGGUCACCUCCACUCCCAUUCACACGCACCUUCAUCGGUUCCUCCAUCCGGCUCUUCCGCUGCAGCCCCUGGGCACUCUCACAGCAGCGGCAGCUUAGCUGUGAGAGCUGCCUUCAUCCACGCCCUGGGAGACUUGGUCCAAAGUAUUGGCGUGCUUGUCGCUGCGUACAUCAUUCGAUUUAAGCCAGAAUACAAGAUUGCUGAUCCUAUAUGUACCUACGUAUUUUCAGUUCUUGUGGCUUUUACAACCUUUCGGAUCAUACGGGACACCGGAAUAAUUGUACUUGAAGGAGUUCCAAGACAUUUAAAUAUGGACCUUAUUAAAGAAGAGUUGAUGAAGAUUGAAGAUGUAUUUUCAGUGGAAAACCUGUAUGUCUGGUCUCUAACAUCAGGAAAAACAAUUGCCAUUGUCCACCUACAAUUAGUCCCUGGCAGCUCACCCAAGUGGGAGGAGGUCCAAUCGAAGGCCAGACAAUUGCUGAUGACUACCUUUGGCGUCUAUCAGUGCUCCAUCCAGCUCCAAAGCUACAGGCGAGCGGAGAACAAGCCCUGUGCAAAUUGUCAGAGUGCCUAAUUUUUCCAACCUUCGAGAAGACUUCGCUGCCUUAUCCUUUUUAAUCUCGCAGCCAAAGGGCCACAAAGCAAUAAGCGUCAGAUAGAAACAGAACAGAGUGGUUUGAGCUCCGACCUGUAACAUCUGCAUUAAGUGCAGGAUCGGCAAGUUGGAGCUGUCGGGGUCAGCUUCGGCACAGCUCUUUUCAAGAAGGCAAACUUCUGAUUCUUUCUAUCACCGUUCAUUUCUGCUCGGGUUUUUCUCGCCAAUAGAUUUCCGAGAAGUUGUUUACACGUCCCUUGAUGGUUGGGCUGGUUCCUCGCUGAGCUCAGCUUCCACACUGUCGUUUUCUUAACUGUUCUGAUUUGACUGUCCGGAAGGAGCGUCGGGAAAUUUAUCUACUUGAGUUUUCAACAGAAUUUAAAAAGAAAAAAGAAAAAGAAAAAAAAACGCAAUCAUGUUCACAAUUUGUAAAGUUAAUGACCCCUGAAUUGGUUACCUUAAGUAUUUCCCCCCACCCCAUUCCCCUUUUCCAGGUUUUUAAUUCCUUAUCUUAAAAAAAAAAUGCUGCAGGGAUAACAGAACUUUUUUUAAAAAAUAAGUUGUCUCUUAAUACAAACUUGAAUUGGUAUUGGCUUUUACGUGUAACCAGUUUUUGGACAUUUAGCUUUAAGUAGUACUUUCCGUGGUAGAAGGAUUUUAUCCAGGAUGAACCACCAAUUGUUUAACUGAAGACUUUGGGGCAGGACCCACCUGUGUUUGAAACAAAAAAAAAAAAUUGAUCGACUUUCAUAUGCUUUGAUAUAGGUCCUGUAUUGUAGAAGUGUAUUAUUUAAUUUCUUCGAGUCUGAAGUGACUGAUUUUGAAAGCCUUCCUACCGGUCGUCCCUAGUAUCUCAAGUAACAUGUCGCCUGCUUCAAAAGGCUAUUUGAUUAACCUGAAUCUUAAUUCUACUAAAUAAAUGUGUUGUAGAAACUUCUUUGUGAUUGAUUUGCUUUGCUUGAAAGAGAAAGGGCUUUUAGAAAACUCCCAAAAACGGAAAAUCAAAUCAAUACUGUGUUUCCCCGAAAAUAAG